UUUAAUGAACGACGUGUGACAUCAUUAACGACAAUCGCCUCAUGAAAAUGUAAAAUGCACGUUUCCAUUUAACGUAAAAAUUCACCUCCACCGAUCACCAUCCACAAUCAAAAUCGACAAGUGAUGCUAUCACGCAUUAUAACAUCAAUAAUUUUACCGAAAAAUCAAAUAUUCAGAAGAUACGCCAUCGCAAAAGCAAAUAACAUAACCUACAAAUCACAGUUAAGAAAAAUCUACAAAGAAACGAUAAGAACUUAUACGCAACACCCCAAAACCCCCGAUCUCAUUUACAUCCCUCACAUAUUCAGAUGGGUAAAGACGAAAUUUCAAUUUAAAUAUUUACAGAGAACCUGCGAUCCCGAAUUUACCGAAGGGGCUUUCAUAUUCGGUACAUCGAAAGCGGUAUGUCGCAUCACCGAAAUCAUACACGAAGACAGACCCGAAGAACUCGACGAGUUACUCACCCCAUCGGCCAGAUUGAAAUUAAAACAAGACAUGAAAACGAAAUUGACCAAAUUACAAAAAACAAUCAUCAAACUCAAACCGGAAGAUAUUAAAAUAUUAGUGCCGAUUAACGUUAAUUUGCGACACGAAGGGCCGAAUAAAAUAUGCAGGGUGGGAAUGAGGGUUUUGGCGUUGAAAUGGAUGAAGCCGAAUAACGGACCGAUGAGACUCGUACUGGUGGCGAUCCAAACGGAAUUUUCCAGAGAAUAUAAACAGGAAACGGUAACAGAUUGGAAUAUAAGCGCUUUCGACGUACUGGAAUGCGUCGUACUUUCCACGUCGACGACUUACGGAUAAAAUUUUCGAAAUAACUAAAUUUUUUAUUUUUUUUUUUUGUAAAUAAAUAUAUUUGAAAAAAUAA